AUGCAGCCCCAGCGACACCUGCGUGAGUCCCUCACGCCCCAGCAGCUGCGUGAGUGGUACGCUGGUUGGGGCUGUAGGGGUGGCGGCGCUACUCCUACUACCACUCCUGCUGCUUCUACUCGUGGUGGCGGCCAGAUGCAGCUCCCGCGACCCUCUCGCGUGUCCCUCACGCCUCGCCAGCUUCGUGAGUGGUACGCUCAGAGUAGAGGGUCUCUCAGUGCUGUUCGCUGCUCCUACGUGAUUCGCACUGGUACUCGGACUGGUAUAGGACCUGCUGCUCUAGCUACUGGUGAGGCUGCUGCUCUAGGUGCUAGUGCGUCUCCUGCUCCAGGUACAGGUGCGGCUGCUGCUCUAGGUGCUAGUGAGUCUGCUUCCUCAGGUGCGGGUGAGGCUGCGCUCUCAGGUACCGCGUUGGCUUCGGCCUCCCUCUCCUUUACACUUGACUCUGGGGCUUCUCGCUCCUUCUUUCGGGACCGCACCACACUCACGCCGCUUGGUCGGCCGGUUGCAGUCUCCCUGGCUGACCCCUCUGGGGGUCCUGUCCUCGCUCACUUUUCCACUGUCCUCCCGUGUCCGGCUGCCCCCUCGGGCACCCUGUCUGGCCUGUACCUCCCCUCGUUCUCGACGAACUUGGUGAGUGGUGCAGACCUACAGGAUGCGGGGGUUCACCAGUUCACUCCUGCGAGUCAGCGGGUGACCCACUGCACGGACGCACGCACAGGCCGGCACCUGGCCACGUUCUCGCGUCGGCCGGGGUCGAGCCUCUACACCCUGACCACUGAGUCUCCUCCUGUCCCCGCGUCUGGUCAGGUAGCAGCGUCGGGUCAGGUGUUUGCUGCUGCGUCCAGGUCUGGUCCUGAGUCUGCCCCCUGUUCGUGUCGCCUCCUGUCUCACGAGACUCUCCUGUGGCACCACCGUCUAGGCCACCCCUCCUUGCCCCGUCUUCGGGGCAUGGCUUCCCGUGUCCUUGUCUCUGGUCUUCCCCAGUCUCUCCCUCCCCUUCCUUCGGGACCAGGACCUUCCUGUGUCCCCUGUGUCGAGGGGCGCCUCAGGGCUGCUCCUCACUCCUCCCAGUUUCCCCCGACAGAGGCUCCUCUGCAGACGCUUCACAUGGACGUGUGGGGCCCGGCCCCCGUCCGUGGGCAGGGUCACGAGCGCUACUUCCUGUUGGUGGUUGACGACUACUCGCGUUACACCUCAGUCUUCCCCUUGCGCAGCAAGGGUGCUGUCACUGAGGUGCUGAUCGACUGGAUCCGCGAGGCUCGUCUCCAGCUCAGGAGGAGCUUCGGCUCGGACUUUCCUGUUCUGCGUCUGCACUCUGACCGAGGUGGGGAGUUCUCCUCUCGCCUUCUGCGAGACUACUGUCGUGCACAGGGGAUCCGCCAGACCUUUACGCUUCCGGACUCUCCACAGCAAAAUGGGAUUGCUGAGCGCCGCAUUGGCAUGGUCAUGGAUGUCGCUCGUACGUCCAUGAUGCAUGCGGCUGCCCCCCAUUUUCUGUGGCCGUUUGCGGUUCGGUACGCGGCGCAUCAGCUCAACCUUCACCCCAGGGUCUCUCGGCCCGCGAUGUCCCCAGUGUUACUGUGGACGGGGAAGGUCGGCGAUGCGUCUGCGUUCCGUGUCUGGGGAUCUCGGGCGUUUGUCCGCGACUUGUCUGCGGACAAGCUGUCCCCCCGUGCUGCUCCCUGUGUCUUCCUUGGCUUCCCCCCUGACGCUCCAGGGUGGCAGUUCUACCACCCCUCCUCUCGUCGUGUUCUGUCCUCCCAGGACGUCACGUUCGACGAGUCAGUCCCCUUCUACCGCCUCUUCCCCUACCGUACUCCUUCCCUCCCCCCCCCACCGGACUUCCUGUUACCAGUUCCCCCCCCGGUAGACCCCCUCCCCCCUCAGGUUCCUGCCCCUUCAGGUGUGUCCCAGGUAGACACAGUCGAGCCAGUCGAGGUUGCUGCUGAGUCUGGUCCUGCUGCGGGUGCUGAGCCUGGGGGUGCUGCUGCUGGGGGUGCUGAGUCUGGGGGUGCUGAGCCGGGGGGUGCUGAGCCGGAGGGUGCUACGUCCGGAGCUGCUGAGCCUGGGGGUGCAGGGCCUGGAGGUGCGGAGCCUGCGCCUGCUGGACCUGGGGGCUCUCCGGUUCUUCCGUCUAGGCGGGAGCCGCUCUCUCCACAGGAGCUGCGCGAGUGGUUUGCUCGCCGCUGGAGGCGUGCUGCUGGAGCUGGAGCUUCUUCGCCUGCUGAGGGUGCUGGUGCUGCCGGUCCCGGAGCUGCUGGGCCUGCGGGUCCUCCUGGAGCUGGAGCUACUGAGCCUGGGGGUGCUGAGUCUGGAGCUGCUGAGCCUGGAGGUGCUGAGUCUGGAGCUGUUGAGCCUGGGGGUGCUACGUCUAAAGCUGCUGUGCCUGGGGGUGCUGAGUCUAGAGCUGCUGAGCCUGGGGUUUCUCCUGCUACUGCGUCUCGCCGGGAGCCCCUCUCUCCACAGGAGCUGCGCGAGUGGUUUGCUCGCCGCUGGAGGCGUACUGCUGGAGCUGGAGCUUCGUCGACCGUCGAGGGUGCUGGUGCUGCCGGUCCCGGAGCUGCUGGGCCUGCGGGUCCUACUGGAGCUGGAGCUGCUGAGGGUGUUGGUGCUGAGACUACUGCUGUCUGUCCUGGCGGUGGUUCUGCUGCUGGUGCUGCUGGAGGUCCUGCCGCUGGAGGUGUUGGUGGCGUUGGUGCUGUCGCUGAGGGUGCUGGUGCUGUUCCGGCUGAGUCUGGAGCUGCCGCGCGGCCUCGGCCGUACUUCGUUCCGCUCCUACAGCAGGUUCUUGGUCUUUCUCCUUCGGUAGAGUGUCCACAGCCUGUCCAGUCGCAAUCCCUGCUGGAGUCUUCCUCUCCACUACCUGCUCCCUCUCCUUACACUGGUCCUACUGGAGGUCUUGCUGAGCGUCGUGAGCCUGCGUCUCGUCCUGCGUCGCCUGUUCGUGCUGCUCGCGCUAGUGGUCGCAGUUCGCGUCAGCGUCCUCCUCCUGUCCCUGGCACGCACCGGAUGUCUUUGCGUCCGUCCACUGCUCCCCUGCGUGCCCCUUUGCCUUCUCCUCCUGAGUCCUCUCUUCCUGCGCUUGCCGACCCUGAGUCGGACUCUCUUCGUGCUGCCAGUCCUACUGUCACGCGUCUGCUUGCUACUGUCGUCACUGACCCCUCUUUUGAGUCCACUGCUGCGUCUGCUCUUGUCGCUGAGCUCGUUGACUUUGCUGCUCGCUGUCGUCUUGACUACGCUGCUAGUCUUGUUGCUGAGUCUGCGUCUGUCUGUCCUCCGUCCGUCGGGGGUGAGUGUGCUCUUGGCACGGACGUCCUAGAGGACAGGCAGGAGGAGUUACAGUGUCUAGCGGCUGCUUCACCUCAUCUCGCGUCUGUACUGCUUGCCCCUGAGGGAGACCUGGAUGCACUAGACAUCCCGACUCCGCGUUCUUACGCGGAGGCCGUAGAGGGUCCCUACUCCUCUCAGUGGCAGGCAGCUAUGGAUGCAGAGAUGGCUUCCUGGAAGUCCACAGGCACCUACGUUGACGCCGUUCCCCCUCCUGGGGCGAACAUAGUCAGUGGCAUGUGGAUCUUCAGGGUGAAGCGGCCGCCGGGCUCUCCACCUGUCUUCAAGGCGCGGUACGUUGCUCGUGGCUUCAGUCAGCGGCAGGGAGUUGACUACUUUCAGACCUUCUCUCCCACCCCGAAGAUGACCACUCUUCGGGUGCUGCUGCACAUAGCCGCUCAGCGCGACUACGAGCUUCACUCUCUCGACUUCAGCACUGCGUUCCUGCAGGGUAGCCUGCACGAGGAGAUCUGGCUGCGCCGUCCGCCUGGUUUCACUGGGACUUUCCCUCCUGGCACCCAGUGGAGCCUCCGACGGCCAGUCUACGGUCUCCCCCAGGCACCGCGUGAGUGGCACGACACACUGAGGACUACGCUUGCGGCUCUUGGGUUUGCUCCUUCUACUGCUGACCCGUCGCUGUUUCUGCGCACCGACACUUCCCUGCCGCCGUUCUACAUCCUCGUGUACGUCGACGACUUGGUCUUUGCCACAGCGGACACUGCUGGACUCGCCUACGUGAAGUCCGAGCUGCUGAAGAGACACACGUGCACAGACCUGGGUGAACUGCGCAACUACCUUGGCUUGCAGAUCACUCGGGACAGAGCACGCCGCACCAUUACCUUGACUCAGUCACACAUGGUGCAGCAGGUCCUUCAGCGCUUCGGCUUCACGUACUCCUCGCCUCAGGCCACUCCUCUGCCUACUCGCCACUCACUCUCAGCUCUGCCUUCGGAUGAGUCCGUAGAGUCGAGUGGUCCGUAUGCAGAGCUUGUUGGCUGCCUCAUGUACCUGAUGACCUGCACACGACCUGACCUUGCAUACCCUCUGAGCAUCCUUGCACGCUAUGUUGCUCCUGGGAGACACCGACCAGAGCACAUGGCUGCAGCGAAGAGGGUAUUGCGCUACCUGUGCAGUACGUCGGGCAUGGGGCUAGUGCUUGGAGGGCGGAGUCCAGUGGUCCUUACAGGCCACGCGGACGCUUCUUGGGCUGACGACCAGGCUACGCAGCGGUCGUCACAGGGUUACACCUUCAGCCUUGGUUCCGGCUCUGUCUCGUGGCGGUCUACUCGCUCGUCUUCGGUUCUCGGCUCCAGUUGUGAGGCUGAGAUCUACGCUGGGGCCAUGGCUGCACAGGAGCUUCGCUGGCUCACCUACUUGCUGACUGACCUUGGAGAGCCGCCUCGUUCUCCUCCAGUGCUGUACGUAGACAACAAGGCCAUGCUGGCCUUGUGUCGAGAGCAGCGCUUGGAGCACAGAACGAAGCACAUUGCUCUCCGCUACUUCCUUGCUCGUGAGCUGCAGCAGCGUGGUCAGUUGCGACUUGCGUACGUGGCCUCUGAGGCCAACACUGCUGAUGUGUUCACCAAGGCACUCGCGCCUUGUGACCAUCAGCGCUUUUGCACCCAGCUGGGUCUUGUGCCUGUCUUGCCUCACUUGCUCUCCUCUUGA